AUGUCUUUAUUUAAAGCCCGUGAUUGGUGGUCUACUAUUCUGGGAGAAAAAGAAGAAUUUGAUCAAGGCUGUUUAUGUUUGGCUGAUGUGGACAAUAGUGGAAAUGGACAAGAUAAAAUUAUUGUGGGUAGCUUCAUGGGAUACCUAAGAAUCUUCAACCCUCAUCCUGUAAAAACAGGCGAUGGAGCUCAAGCUGAAGAUUUGCUUCUAGAAGUGCAUUUACGGGAUCCAAUACUGCAAAUAGAAGUAGGAAAAUUUGUUUCAGGUACUGAGAUGCUUCAUUUGGCUGUUUUGCAUUCUAGAAAACUUUGUGUCUACUCUAUCUCAGGAACUAUGGGUAAUGUGGAACAUGGCAACCAAUAUCAGAUCAAAUUGAUGUAUGAACAUAAUCUUCAGAGGACAGCCUACAAUAUGACUUAUGGAUCAUUUGGUGGUGUAAAAGGUCGAGAUUUAAUUUGUAUACAGUCCAUGGAUGGGAUGCUUAUGGUGUUUGAGCAGGAAAGCUAUGCUUUUGGGAGAUUUCUCCCUGGGUCCCUUCUGCCUGGCCCUCUCGCUUACAGUUCUCGUACAGAUUCCUUCAUUACUGUCUCUUCCUGCCGACAAGUGGAAAGUUACAAAUACGAAGUACUUGCUUUUGCAACGGAUGCAGAUAAAAGGCAAGAAACUGAACAGCAAAAACUUGGUUCUGGAAAAAGACUAGUGGUGGAUUGGACUCUGAAUAUUGGAGAGCAAGCCCUUGACAUAUGUAUUGUCUCUUUCAGUCAGUCAACAUCUUCUGUUUUUGUUCUUGGUGAGAGAAAUUUUUUUUGCCUUAAGGAAAAUGGACAAAUUCGGUUUAUGAAGAAACUCAAUUGUAGCCCCAGUUGUUUUCUCCCCUAUUGCUCAGUUUCUGAAGGAACAAUCAAUACUUUGAUCGGAAACCAUAAUAACAUGUUACGCAUCUAUCAGGAUGUGACACUGAAGUGGGCCACUCAGCUUCCCCACAUUCCUGUAGCAGUAAAAGUGGGCAGUUUGUAUGAUUUAAAAGGAGUAAUAGUCACUCUGAGUGAUGAUGGUCAUUUGCAGUGUUCAUACCUGGGGACUGACCCUUCUCUUUUCCAAGCUCCAAAAGUUGAAUCUAGAGAAGUGAGCUAUGAUGAACUUGAUGUAGAAUUCAAGGAACUUCAGAAAAUCAUCAAAGAUGUUAACAAAACACAAGGUGUUUGGCCCACGACUGAGAGAGAAGAUGACUUGACACUUUCUGCCAUGGUUUCGACUAAUUUUGAUUCAGUGACUCAAGCCACUGAUAUUGAAGUGGGAACUGACCUUGUCCCUUCAGUCACAGUGAAGGUCACACUGCAGAGUCGACUGGCAUUGCAAAAAGCCAAAUUAUCAGUUUAUGUGCAACCACCGUUAGUAUUGACCUGCGAUCAUUUUACCUUUGAAUUUCUAGCACCAGAGACUACUAGAACAGUAGCGUUUUCUGUUUAUCUGAAAGGAAGUUAUACACCAUCUGAAUUGGAAGGAAAUGCUGUUGUUUCAUAUUCCAGACCAACAGAUCGAAAUCCUGAUGGUAUACCUAGAAUUAGCCAGUGUAAAUUUAGACUUCCCCUAAAAUUAAUCUGCCUACCAGGUCAGCCAUCAAAAGCUGCAAGCCACAAACUAACUAUUGAUACCAACAAAUCUCCCGUCAGUCUUCUCAGUCUCUUUCCAGGUAUGACUUUUGAAUCAGAAUCAAUUCGAUCCAAUGAAUUUGGUUUUUGGUUUUUGGGUUUUUCUCAGGUAGUAAUUAUGUGUUAAUAAACAUCCUAAAUUAUUUUUUCUCUUUUAGAACGAUAUCGCAUUCAGAGUGAACAAUUUGAAGAUCUUUGGCUCAUAACAAAUGAGCUCAUUUUCCGCCUUCAAGAAUAUUUUGAAAAACAGGGAAUCAAAGACUUCUCGUGUUCUUUUUCUGGAUCAAUGCCCCUUCAAGAAUAUUUUGAAUUAAUUGAUCAUCAUUAUGAACUGAGGAUAAAUGGUGAAAAAUUAGAAGAACUGUUAUCUGAAAGAGCUGUACAGUUCCGGGCCAUUCAAAGACGACUGUUGACAAGGUUCAAAGAUAAAACACCUGCCCCACUCCAACACUUGGACACCUUGCUAGAUGGAACUUACAAGCAGGUAAUAGCUCUAGCAGAUGCCGUAGAGGAAAACCAAGGCAAUCUGUUCCAGUCAUUCACCAGACUGAAAAGUGGCACCCAUUUGGUGAUUCUGCUCAUCGGCCUGUGGCAGAAGCUUAGUGCUGACCAGGUUGCUAUUCUGGAGGCAGCAUUUCUGCCACUGCAUCAGGACACUCAGGAUUUGGGCUGGGAAGAAACAGUGGAUGCUGCUAUUUCUUAUCUAUUGAAGACCUGCCUAUCGAAGAGUUCAAAGGAACAGGCUUUGAACCUCAGCAGCCAACUGAACAUACCCAAAGACACAAGCCGACUGAAGAAACAUAUCACCUUGCUGUGUGAUAGAUUAGCCAAAGGUGGACGCCUCUGCUUAAGUACUGAUGCUGCGGCCCCACAGACCAUGGUCAUGCCAGGUGGCUGUACUACAAUCCCAGAAUCAGACUUAGAGGAAAGAUCAGUGGAACAAGAUUCUACAGACCUGUUUACCAACCACAGGCACCUCCUUGCAGAGUCGCCCACACCUGAAGUUUCUUCCCUCCAUGGAGUCUCGGAAUAG